AUCCUUUGGUUUUUCGUCGUUUUACUUUCCUUUUUAAACAUUAAUUUCGUAUUUUCCAUUGUUGUUUAUGUCUAUCUUCCUUGAAAAUCGAUUUCAUUGUUACCUUGCAAUUCAUGUACCACCCUUUUCUUCGAUUCAUUGUCUCGAUUUCUAGCUUGCCAAACGGAGCAAAUUAAAUUUGGGUUCUGACAUAGUAACUAUUUUAAAAAAUAGAACUGGUUUAAAAAAAGAUGAAAUCGAUGUGGGUUGUGAUGUUACACUUUGCGUUGGCUUUCAUGAGUGUGUGGGCUGAAAGAACGAUUCCAAAGGUAGAAGGAGAAAUGUUCAACGAAACGCAGACACAUGAACUGAGUUUCCUUAACAGUGUUGUUAAUUUCUUAUGGCAACCUGGGGAAUCAAGUUAUCAACACGUGUGGCCGGAAAUGGAAUUUGGGUGGAGAAUUGUUAUGGGAACGAUGAUUGGAUUUUUUGGAGCAGCGUUUGGAAGUGUCGGCGGUGUUGGCGGCGGUGGCAUAUUUGUUCCCAUGCUCAGCCUUAUCGUUGCCUUCGAUCAAAAAUCGUCCACCGCUGUCUCAAAAUGUAUGAUCAUGGGUGCAGCUUUGUCAACUGUUUACUAUAAUCUUAAACUAAGACAUCCCACAUUGGAUAUGCCCAUCAUCGACUAUGAUUUGGCACUGCUCAUUCAACCAAUGCUCAUGCUUGGCAUUAGUAUUGGAGUGGCCUUCAAUGUUGUAGUUGCUGACUGGAUGGUCACUCUCUUACUUCUUGUUCUCUUUUUAGGAACGUCCACAAAAGCAUUCUUAAAAGGUGUGGAAACAUGGAAAAAGGAAACCAUAAUGAAAGAGGAAGCUGCUAGGCAACAAGAGUCAAAUGAUGGUUCUAGGAUUGAAAUAGAAUACAAACCAAUUCCUAGUGGAUCUGAAAAUGGCAUUGCAAAGGACACCAAAAGAGAAGAGGUGACUGUUCUUGAAAAUGUGUACUGGAAGGAGUUUGGACUUUUGGCUUUUGUUUGGGUUGCAUUUCUUAUAAUACAGAUUGUCAUGACCAAAACAGCCAAAUGUUCCACAACAUAUUGGGUACUGAAUAUAUUACAGAUUCCAGUUUCAGUUGGGGUAGCAGCAUAUGAGGCGAUUGCUUUGUAUAAAGGAUGGAGAGUAAUUUCUUCUGUAGGAGAUCAAGGAAAAAGUUUCAGUGUUCAACAGUUAAUUAUCUAUUGUACCUUUGGAAUACUUGCCGGAAUAGUUGGUGGCUUGUUGGGAAUAGGUGGAGGAUUCGUCAUGGGACCACUCUUUUUGGAGCUUGGAGUUCCCCCUCAAGUUGCAAGUGCCACAGCCACCUUUGCCAUGGUCUUCUCCUCAUCAAUGUCUGUUGUAGAAUACUACCUCCUUAAACGAUUUCCAGUUCCAUAUGCUUUAUACUUUAUUCUAGUGGCUGCUAUUUCAGCCUUGGUAGGACAACAUGUUGUGAGAAAGCUAAUCAUCCUGUUCGGGAGAGCAUCUCUUAUCAUCUUUGUUCUUGCUUUUACAAUCUUUGUUAGUGCCGUUUCACUAGGUGGAGUCGGCAUUAUAGCAAUGGUAAGAAAGAUUGAAAAUCAUGAGUAUAUGGGAUUUGACGAUCUGUGCAAGUAUGAUUCAUAGCUCAUUUAAUUCACUUUUGCUCUAUGCCAAAGCUUUCUUCAUGUUACGAGAUAUAAAUAAAUGUACGAUGUAUAUUUUUACUAUUGUUAAAACAUGUAGUGAUGAUUCCAUUGGAGUUUGAGAAAUUUAAUUAUAUUUAUUAAUAUUCAUUUUGUU